UGUGUGUGAUACUUCCAAAGGGGGGCGAGACAGAAAUACUUUGAGAACCUCUGAGUCAAUAUCUGUACGUAGGCCUGAUUGUCUAUUUAAAGCGAAUGUCUUAAAUUGCGCGUUCCCGUGACAGGGGCUGUCCUUUACGUCAGUGGUGCAGAAACCGCAACUGACAGGAAUUUAUGUUUUAUUCCGGGCUCCACCUACUAAAGUUUAGUCGGGUUUUGCAGAUACUACUAAGUCAGUAAUCAGUCAAGACAUGUCUUUAAAAGAGUUUUUAUUAAUCUUCUUAGUCGUUAGUGUUGUGAGACCAACCUCAAGACGUACCAGUUUCUCAAACAGAUGUACAACUGAUUUAGAAACUUACUGGUACCAGAAUACUUGUCGACGAUGCGACGAAGAUUAUAUGAUAUUGAAAGGGUAUGAAUUUGCUCCAAACUGCGGACUCGAUGAUAUGGGAGGUCAUCCUGCUGCGAUGUAUGUUUCCUGUCCUGAUGGCACAUAUAAUGAUGGCAGUACCAGUAAAUGCCAGCCCUGCACGAUUUGCCCAUCUAAUCGGGGGACUUGGAUGCCAUGCAAUGCCACCAUGGAUACACAGUGUUAUGAAAUGGGAGGGACUGUUACCAAUGAAAAGAGCCAUCAAGUGACAACCCAGCGGAAAGGAGAAGAAUUGCACUGUACAACACAGUGGCCUCAGUCAACAAAUAAUAUUACUGACAUGCCAAACCCAAGCCAGAUGGUGUGGAUUGUCCUUCCUGUCACCUUACUAUUAUCUCUAAUCAUCAUAUACUUAUUCUGUUCUAUGAAGAGGAGAAGAGGAGUAUUAUAUGUCAGUAACACUGGUGUGCUUGGAAAAAAACAGUACACUGAAGUGCACAGUAUGGAAAAGAUGAUAAGUGCAAGUGACAUCAGAUAUCUUCCACCGCACAACAACAAGCAGCUGCCUGAUAUUCUGGCUCCUGGCAUUAAGAGUGCCCCGCUGUGGACAGUGCUGGACAACCUGGAUGUGCUAGAGGAGCUUAUCAUGCUGCUGGACCCUGAGUGCACUGCUGCUAAGACCACUCGCCAUGUGGCUGCCCAGUGUUCAUUCUCAGCUACCUGGAUCAACUACAUUUACUCUAUGCGAGACACCAAGAGUCCUUUUAAAGCUGUGCUUGAGAGAAUUACAACGGAAUUCCCCGAGUGGACUGUUGGAGACCUUGCGAAGGUGUUUGUGGGCAUUGGCCGUGGCGAUGCAGUGGCAGUGCUCGCCAAGCUUCCUGAAUGGAAAGCCAUUUGAGUUUGUAUUGCUAGAAUGCAUGCAGUAAAUACAAUAUAUUUUUGCAUUUCUUGCAGAAUGUCA